AUGGCAGCCCCCGCAGACAUCACCAUCAAGGACCUCAGUGGUGAGUGGACGAUGGAUAAAACCCUCUCCAACCCCACUGAGCCAAUUCUGGCACUGCAAGGCAUGGGCUGGUUAAAGCGCAAAGCUCUCAAUGUCGCAACCGUCACCCUUAGUGUCCACCAAUUUGCGGACGAAAAGGACCCUAAGGUCCUCCACGUCAACAUCGACCAAACGGUCACUGGAGGAAUUCCUGGCACAAGUGAGAAGCGUAUCUCAGACUGGGAACCACGAGAGCACGAAGACCACGUCUUUGGCAAGGUCAGAGGUCAAACCCGGUUGAUCCGUGGCUCCAAGGGCGAGGAUGGAAAAUUCCGCCCUAAUGUGGAAAUCGCUACCAAGACCGAUGACGAGAAGGUGAAGAAGUUUUUGAAGGGAGAGAUCCUCGCUGAUGGAAAGGAUACGGAUGGAUUCGUUGCGGACAACGUCGGCGAGGAGUAUGGAGAAGGCGAGAGCCUUUUCCUUCAGAGUUUCGUGCAGAACCUGGACAGUGCCGGCGGCUGGACUGCUGAACAAAUCUGGGGUUUCGAAGUGAUCGAUGGAAAGCGGUACUACACUCGCCGUGUUGUUGUUGCCAAAGACGGUAAAUAUGAAAUGGCUCGGUUUGUGUACACCUUCAUCAAGCGCCGGGAAGCUUAG